UCAAGAUCUCAGAGUGGUGUCUGUUUACGGAAGGCAUUUAAGAAUACUCUGAGGGUGGAUGAAUUGUUUUGUUUCUAGAUUUUGUUUUUAAACUGUAUUUUUAGAAUAGUGAAAAAUAGUUAAAAAUACGUUUUCAAAAUAAUUUUUUGGCAUGAAACACUGUGUAGAGCGUUUGGAAAGCACUCAAGGGACUUUCACUACACCUUUACCUUCAUUUAUUCACCAUGUGGUGUUACAGUUACUUUUCAAAUACCAUAGUUGUCUAAUGCACGACGAGAAUACUACAUGCCAGUUCAGAGCAUUACGCUUAGAGGCGAUACCGCGAUAGAAUCUCCAAUGAGCGCCGCACUUAUCAUCCCGCAUUACUUACACAAAUGCACUCCAAGAUCAAUAUUUUUUGAAUAGGGUUUUGUACUAAAAGAAUUUAUUAUUUGAAAGCACUUAAGUCAAAAUCCCAAAGUAAUGUGAAUAUUUUUAAACACGGUAUUUUUUAACGGAGAAAAGCUCCACUAUUGCAUUUUAACUGACCACAUUUUCAGGGAACGGUCACACAUUCAGUGACGCAGUGAAGACACGUGAGGUGUUUAUGCCUCGGGCGCGUUAACGUCAGAAACAGCUGCUCGCGACCUUGCAGCGAGGUGCAGCAUGGGCAUGAUCACACGGGUGCGCGGCAGGCUGCAUAGCCUGCAGGCGCUGGCCAGGCCUGCCGCGCGCGAUCAGGAGGAGAGGACCUCCCACACAGUGUGCCUGCUGUCCGUGGUGCUGCUGCUUCCCUACCUGGCACGAGGUCAUAUACCACUCAUGGUGGGCAGCAUGGGCCUGGCCUACUCCUGCCUCGUGCUGCCCAUGGUGGUAUCCAUCAACUACAAGUACCCGCUCGCCUGGCGGCCGCUCGGCUGGCUGCUGCCUUACGCUGCCCGCGCUGCAGCGGCAACCACAGUGCGACUCAGGCCUGUAUUCGGCUUCUUGAAGCGAGUGUACGCGCCCCUGGACAGGACCGAACAAGUAUUCAUCAAAAUGUCCAACAUUUCUACAAUGGCUAAUCAGCUGCUGUUCUUCAUGGCGUGCGACCGCGUGCUGGUGCCCGGCCAGAAGGUCACGUGCCUCUACUCGCUCAUGUUCUACAACGUGCUGGCGUACUGCGUGUCCUACAUCAAGGAGCUGGUGCAGAAGGAAGACUGGUCGCCCUACGUGACCGUGGCCGGGCACUCGAGCGUGCGACACCUCGCCAUGUCCGCCACCAAGAUCGUGCUGGAGUGGACCAAGGCCGUCACCUUCGUGGUCACGGUGGUGUUCAUGCUGCUGGUGCUGGGCCUGGAGCAAGGGCUGCAGCACUACCGGCCCACCGCUCUCUACACCGCGCUCACGUGGACCUACUACCUGGCCACCGAGAAGGUGUUCGCCGAGGCCUUCCCCUCGCUGCUGGCGCUGUGCCGGCUGGAGGCGCUGGAGUCGCUGGAGGCGCUGUGGGCGCCCGUGCUGCUGCGCGCGCUCACGCUGCUCAUGUCGCUGCUGGUGGCCGUCCCGCUGGCCGCGAGGCCGCAGCAGCACGGCCGCCUGCUGCUGGCGCUGGCCUACGUCAACCUGCACCUGCGCGUGAAGGAGACGCGCGCGCAGAGUCUGCGCGGGCUGCGGUCCGAGCGCGCCGUGCUGGCGCCCUUCCGGCGCGCGGCGCCCGAGGAGCUGGCCGCCUGGGACGACGUGUGCGCCGUGUGCCUGGGCGCCAUGCGGCGGGCCAGGGUCACGCCCUGCCACCACCUCUUCCACGGCGACUGCCUGCGCCGCUGCCUGGGCAGCUCGCAGCACUGCCCCCUGUGCAAGCGGCAGCUCAAGCUUGACUGAUGCGCAGUCACGUCGUCUUACAAACUAUCUUUCAACUUUUAUAACGCUUUUUUAUUAAGACCUUGCAUUGUAAAGUACUCUUAGAUAUUGCUAAACUUUCAAUCAUAUUAGUCAUGUUUGUUUGUCCAUUUUAAAUAUUAAUGAAUGUGUCUACUAUAUUAUAUAAAUAAAAUUUCCCGGCGAAAAAAUAUUUAAAAAUUUUAAUAUUGUGAGAUCUACUGUGAUACAUGUACUCCACAAUUUUUUUUUCUUUUAAGAAGUAUAUGGACUAUUUAUGACAGCUUUAGUUGCCUACACUGAUCGGAAAAUAUGUAAAUUCCACCUUUUUGAAGUGAAACUUCUUUGGGCGCGAUGGGAGUAAAAUAUCAAGGCCGAAUUUUAAAGCAUCAUUUUCGUGAAACAUUGUGAAAAUUUUAAUUUUUUUUUCCUAACCUUCCCAGGCCGAAGACUUUACGCCAAAUCAGGCGGGUUCUAAGCCAUGCGGAAAUGGUAUAAUGCAUCGUGUGCCUUGUUCGGGUAUUGGCCAGCCAAGGCAGCAAUUGUUGCCAUGACUAACUCCCCUAUCUUAAACUCUAGGCUUAUAUUAGUUAAGUUGGGUCCAAGUAAAACCUGCAUAGACACAGGAAAACCCUGGAAACAUCAUGCGGUAUGCAAAAUUCAUACAUUAAGCAAGCAGAUUCAAUACAGGACAAAGAAGGGCGGCCUAUGAAGAAGUGUUUGACAGAGUAGAAAAGAGUCUACCAUGCGGGGGUUGGGCGCUUGGAUAUUACGACCGCAUUCGUUUCCCGCCAGGCUGCCAGCCAGCUCGUGUGCUUUAAACUAGAGAAGCGUGUUUAGGACGCAUGUGAAAACAUUAGAUAAGUAAAUUAUGUUAAUUAAUCGCGAGAUGUUGCAUCGGGUCUCACUCCAUAAUGGAUAGAGCGUCAGGUCGCCUGUCGCCUGUCGCCUGUCAAUGGCUGGCGGCAGUUUGUGAAAUUAUCAAAUACGUCAGUGCAGUUUUUUCCUAACCUAACUAAUAACUAAGUGUAUUUGGGAGGGGUCUGGGUAGGGAAGACUCUAAGUGCGUCUCAGGCCGAAGCCUAUACGCUCUAAGCAUGCAGGUUAUGAACCAUGCAGGAGGGGAUGCAUGCAUCAUGUGCUAGGAGGGGAUUGGCCAGCCAUGGCAACGUUUAAGCCAUGACUAACUCCCCUCACUGACUAUUCUAAGUUAAAACUAGAUAAGUUGGGCCCAGGUAAAACCUGCAUAGACACAGGGAAAACCCUGGGCACUGACAUGCGGGAUACAACAUUUAAUGCAUUAAUUACAAGCAGGUUGGUUACAGGAAACAGAAGGAUGGUUCUGAAAGAAGAGUUGGACAGAGUAGAAAAGAGUCUACUAUGUGGGGGGUUGGGCGCUUGCACAUUUUGUCCGCAUUUGGUUUGGCGGCACUGGUUGUUUCGGGGGCGACUUUGUCGUUUCCCACCAGGCUGCCAGCCAGCCUAGACUAAGUUAAUAAGGGGAAAAAUUCGUGUACGCUGUUGAAUUUAAGCAAAUGUAAAGAAACAUUAAAUUAACAUAAAAAUAAACAUUAAAAAUUAUGUUUAGUUUGGUAGCUUUAAUUUAAUCGUGCUUUUUCGCGAGCUGGUGCAUCGAACCUGCACUCAGGAGUGGACAGCGUCUCAGGUUGACCAAAGUCGGCUAGGAAAAUUAUCCAGUCCUUCAUCGCGAGGCCCUAACCUCAGCAUCUACGCAUUCGUAGGCUACGGUUGUGUGAAAAAUAUUAGGGACACUGGGGGUGAGGGAGGGGGGGCCUCAAAUUAAAAUUAAUUAUGUUUAAUAGAAAUAUAACUUAAACUAAAUGAACUUCCAGCGUACAUGCGUGUGGUGCGCAUGUCAUUUUGUGGUACAAUUGGACGCCUUUCUUUGUGAGAAGCACAGAGGCAGAUUUGUUUCCGCCAGUCCGUAACUAUUAUUUUGCGGACUGGCGUGAGUCUGACGCGUGUGCACGCGCCCAGGGCUUGAGCUCCGUGCGGGAGGCGGAACUAGUUUUGUUGUAGUGGGGUCGCGCGCCGCGCGUUGUGAUUGGCUGACAGACUCCUCGGCCAAUCACGCGGCAAUACGGCGGCCGGUGAGCCAGGAGUGACUUCGGGCGUUUAUACUUCUGUUCUACGUCCGGGUAAUAGUUCCCUAGCGAGGAAAUAUGUGGAUUUAGACUAUUUACGCAUUUAUCGUAAAAAGUCUGAAUAGUGUGGAUGUAGAAGUCAUGCAAAGUUUCCGACCAGGGGCCUAUUCCACCAAUAAACUUUGCAACUUUUCAAUUUGCACUUUGCACUUUGCAUAUAACUGAAAAGUGCAAAGUAAAUGUGUUCCACAAAAAAUUUUAACCUCUUUGCAUUCCUACAGCCAGUCUGCAAAGUCUUUGCAUUAUUUUAUUCAUUUUUUACAUUACUGUUGCCUAGUUUGUAGGUUAUAUAAUGUAUGAUGAGUAAGAAAAUAGAAGUUGUGCAUAAAAAAAUUAGCAGUAUUAGAACUUAUAAAAGAAAAAAAAAUAUUAUUUGCAAGUUUCUCGAGUACAGUAACACAGAAACAAAAGGAGAAGGAAUGGACUGACAUUCUUUUAAAAGCAAAAUAAAUAUCAUUGUCAAUCAUGAAAUUUAUUCUUAAUCUGUACACUUCCUUACUGGAACUCUGUCAUCUUCAUCAGAUUCAUCACUUGAAUACAAUAAAAUAUGCCUCAUCAUUUUCCAUCUUUUACUUUUGUAGGUUAUGUGAUUAUGUUACUAUGUUUUCAUUUCUCUCAACCACAUUAAAUUAAAUUAAAUAAUUACUUAGAUGCUAAAUUUAUAACAAACAACACUUUUAUCCACCUAAAACAAAUUAUUUAAAUAAGAUCACACAAUAAAAAGUUAAACUGCAAAAGCAAAAUAAUAUUUGCAUAACCUCUGAAAACUUUGCAAAUAUUUAUAGAUGAGUUAUGCAGAGAGAGAUUAUUGUGGAACAGAAACACGUUCAAUAGUGCAAAGUCUUUGCACUUUUCGCUUUGCACUUUUCAAUUUUUGCUUUGUGAAUUCUAAUUUUCGUGGAACAGAAGUAAGAAAGAAAAGUGCAAAGUGCAAAGUGAAAAGUUGCAAAGUUUAUUGGUGGAAUAGGCCCCAGGUUUCACGAUGCAAUGCUUCGACAGGGCAGUACACUGGGGCGUCUGUAGCGAUUCGAAUGCAUCUAUUCUGAAUUCGCUGUAGUUUUAGUGUGUCUUUGCUGCAGUGGCCCAUACAGGGGCUGCAUACGUGAUCAUUGGUCGUAUGAGGGCUUUGUAGAGCAGUAGGCCAGUUUUAACUCUGCUGCCGCAUCGCCUACUCAUAACUGGAUACAAGGAGCACAGUCUAGUCUGAGCCUGUGCUCUCUUAGUGUCUAUGUGGUGGCGCCAUGUUAGUUUCCUAUCCAUGUGUACACCUAGGUAUUUAACCACAUCUUUGUGUGGAAUGUGUUCGUUAAACAAACUCAGUUGCGGCCUGCGGUCUAUUGGCGGGAGGUGUUUACGAGUGAACACAAUAUCUUCUGACUUCGUUGUGUUCACUUUAAUGCGCCACGUUGUGCACCACUGUUCUAUCUCAGUGAGCGCAACUGGCAGCCUGGUCGUGGCCAGCUGUAGGUUAUGUGAUCUGCUAUAUAGGACAGUAUCGUCCGCAUAGCAGCCUAGCUUGACGAGUCGAUGUGCGGGACGUGGCAUGUCUCGCACAUUUACAUUGAACAGAUCAGGGCCUAGGAUGCUGCCCUGUGGCACUCCUGCUCUAAUCUGCUUGAAGUCUGAUGUUGCCCCUUCAGUUGACACUCUGAAGGUUCUGCCUGCUAGGUAGGACGUGAUUACCUUGACAUAGCAGUCAGGGAAAUCAGCUUGAUAUAGUUUAUAGAGAAGCCCUGCAUGAAACACUCUGUCAAAGGCUUUCUCUACGUCUAGAAACGUCGCAACAACAUAGUCUCGUACGUUAAAGGCACUAGUGAUCUCUUCACUGAGACGCACUAACUGGUGAACUGUCGAAUGAGCACCGCGAAAGCCGAAUUGUUCAUUUGUCAGCAAGUUGUUUUCGUGUAUGUGGCAGUUUAGUCGAUGCAAUAUUAUGCUUUCGGCUAUUUUCGACACAGUACUAAGCAGGCUUAUUGGUCUGUAAUUCUGGGGCAGUUUUUUUUUAUCUUUUCCUGGCUUGUGGAAAACUAUUACUUUAGCUUCCUUCCACUGGGAGGAAAAAAUACUUAGUCUGAGCAUUGCAUUAAUGCAAGCAGCCAAAUAUUCCAAGGCCUCGUCUGGGAGCUGUUUGAGAAUGAUAGCUUGUAUGCUGUCAUUUCCAGGUGUUUUUCGCGGCUUUUUAUUCCGGAUAGCUCGCUUGAUUUCCUGUGCCUGAGUUAAUAAAGGCUCAGAAACAGUGGGCUGGCGCAAUUUCUCGCGUAACUCGCUGUAUAUUGCCUAUCACUAGGCACCAUGUUUGGUUGAAAGGAUGCUUCCAGUGUAUUAGCGAAAGCUUAUGCUUUGUCAAGGGGUUUGAAGGAUAGGCCAUUAUUGGUUUCGAGGGGCGGAAUUUUUUCAGAUUUGUUCAAAAAUCGCUUCGUCAUGGUCCAAGCACUCCCAUCCUGAAUAUUUAGUCAAGCGAUUUUUGCUUCCCACUGGCUGCUUCGCCACAGCGAGAUUUUGUUUGGAGAGUGCGUCGUCGUGUGUAUUCACGACGCAGUCUGUUUUUGCGCGAUAUCAAGUCGCGUAUGUAUGCUGGCAGUUCGUCGUGCACUAACUUAACCUCCCUUUCUGGGAUGCACUGGCUUAUACCAUCCUGGAUUUCCGCAGUAAAUUUAGUUAUGCGGUGUCUAAACUUUCGCUAUCAUUUAUGUCAGCGAUGUCUGACAGAUUUUGCGCGACGUGAGUUUUAAAUCCUUCCCAGUCGGCGUGUUUGUAGUCCCGAAUUUUACAUGGCAGGUUGGUUUCCAUGUUCGCAUUGUCGAAAUGUAGGUGAACAGGGAAAUGGUUGGACAACAUGUCGUGUACAACCUCGAGUUCGAAUCCCAAAGUUACACACUUGUUAAGCACGAUAUGUAGGAUGUCUGGCAGCUGGUUCAGUCUGCCUGAAACGAAUGUGGGUUCAGUAGGAGCAUGAACUUGAUAGUUUUUAUCGAGCUGAUUCGCAUAGAGAAGCCCACCAUUUGCCGUCGCGCGCCUGCAAUUCCACUCCAGGUGUUUCGCAUUUAUGUCACCUACAGCGAGGAAGCUCGGAGCUGCCCCAUACAGGGCAUCUAGAUCCGCCACUCUGAGGGACCUACCUGGUGGAGCAUACAUUGAGAUGAGUUAAAUGUUUUGUUGGUUUAUGUUUAAGUUUAUUCCAACAGCUUCUAAAUUUUUAAAAAUAGGUAGCUGGCAUGCAGUGUGUUUAAUGCUGUGGUGAACUACCAUAGCUACUCCUCCCCAUCUUUUUUGUUCACUAUCGCGCCUAUAAACUGUAUAGUUUAGUAUUGUUAGUUGGUCGGUCGGCCGCAAGUUCGUCUCAUUAAUCGCAGCUAUUUUGAUUUUAUAUUUUUCCAGGUGGUGGAUGAAUUCCGGUAAUUUACGUUUAAUGCCACGCGCAUUCCAGAAAAGGAGGGAAUGAAGACUUAACCUAUCGGCCGGGGUUGUUGUGCAAUUCGGGGCCUGUCUAGUGGCUGCCAUUGAGCUUGGCAGCCAGUGACUGGACGAAGCCCAUCAUCGCAUGGACUUUUUCCGUUAGUGAAACAGAUGGGUCGCACCAUAUAACCAUAAGCUGGCACAUGGGGACAAUGGUGGCCGCCAGAUUUUCAUCUGUGUUGAAAGUGCGCGACUGCUCGAGCACUUUCUGGAAGUCAGCCAGCCCUGGUUUCGGGGCUGGCUGCUCUUGGGGCGCGGGCGGUGCAGUUGGCAGCACUGCCAUGCUGGCCUCAGGUGCGGGAGCUACCUGUGGCUGGGUGAGCGCAGUCGUGCACCUCGCCGAAUAGUAUUUACGGAAUAAAAAAAAUCAUAAUAGCACAAUAAUUAGACAUUAAAUUGUGGAAUAGAUUUUUCCUCAUUUGGGAAGUGCCCCGUAGUGUAUAUAGAGUAACGUCAUCACGCGAAUAUAAAUAUCAAAAGAAAAUAUUCAGAAUAAUUAUGUCAUCACAAGCAUUUUCUUAUUUAUUAAAUAUAUUUCUCAAAUUAAAACAUAAAACUAUGUUCAGAACUUUUUAUUGGACGAAAAUGUGACAUGGUUUUAGAAGUAACACUAUUAAAAAAGAAUUAAAUAAAUCUUUAGCGAACUUGACAUAAUAAUAAUAUUAUGCUUGAAUAAAUUCUUCUCGCAAUGUACGAUUGAAUCUAGUAAUUUAUAAAUAUGUGAAGUUUAACUGUUAUGUGUAAUCCUGUGUUGUACUAGUGAAGUUCUUAUGUUGAUUGUGUUUGGGCCUAAAUAUGGGAAAAGUGACUUGCUGGAGUGUCUUGACUUAUUUGAAAACAACUUACAUGCAUCUCAAUGGGAAGUGAUUACAUUACACACAGGGCUGUUAAGAGAAACUAAUUGGCAGGGAGCAAAUUAUUUGUCCCCCUCUCCCCUAAUUACUUAAUGUACAACUUUUCAAAACCUUCACAAAUAAAAACAUUGUCCCAAAUGGAGGGGGCGGUUGUUUAACUAACUCAGAACUGAAAUCAAAUAAUGUGUAGGCCUAAUGUCAAGUGAUAAGGUACAAAAUAUAUUUAAAUCUUGUCUCCCUGUACUGUCUGGUUAGCUGAGUGAGGCAGUGGGUCGAGGUGGUAACCAUACUGGGAUGGUUAGCCUCAGCCUCUGGUCACAGCCAGAGCCCUAACACCUUUCCCGAUUGCGCAUACGGCGUAUUCCUUAUCCACGCCCGUGGGGGCCCAGGUUGGAAAAGCUCAUGCUUAGAGGGCUGGGUAAACAAACCAAAGGGGUGAGAAAUCCCCUAACGAUGUAUGUCUGUACAGGGAGUCAAGGGCGCCCAUCUGAUAAUUUGUAGGGGGGGGCCAGACUUAGGGAUCGUCCAUUAAUCACGUGAGGCUCGAAAAGGGAGGGGGGGGUGUCGGGAAAAAUCACGAAAUAUCACAAUGUGGGAGGGGGGGGGGGUGUAGAGAGAUAUCACGUGUAUUUAUUUUUUCGCGCGAUUUCUACUAAACCGAAAAGCGACGCGUGACCUUGACUCGCCGUAGCCAGGCAACAAUAUCCCCGCCCGCCGCAACAUGAACCACCCGGCACGCUUGCCAGUCGCCAGUAAGACUGUGAUUUUGGCGCCGAAUACAUGCGUAAAUCACAUAUAAGCCUUUCCUUUAUUAUUUUUAUGCCAGUGAGAAUAAACCUGCAACCUUAAUGUGUGUCUGGACAUUUUUAUCACUGUGCUUAAUUUUAACACACUAGGAAGAAGAUAAUAUUCUGAAUUUUUGAAAAAUAUUUUGUACCAAAAAAAUACACGUGAUUUAUUGUGGGGGGGGGGGGGGGUUAAAAAUUUGCUUAAAAAAAACAUCACGUGAUUAAUGGACGACCCCUUAGGGGUAUGAAGUAUUUUUAAUAUUUUGGAAGACUUAACUGCGGCUUGUUACUAGCCAUAAAAUAGUUCCAUUCUGACCCUAUUAAAAUUUUUUGUCCUGUUACUAAAAUACUAGACAAACAGUACUCAUUCGCCAUAAAAAAAAUCUAUAUUGGCUACUUUAUUAAUUAAUUAUUAACUAUUUUAUUGAAACAAAUGAAUUUUUAGCAACAAAAAUGCAGGAAUACAGUCCUUAUACUUUUACAGCGUCUUGGGUACACGGAUAUCAAGAAUAAAAUCCUUCAACUAAUUGCUCUCUUUACCCAUGAAUAAAUAUCGCGUACAAAUUAAAUUAAAAUAAUUAUAAAGUUUAAAACGUGUUGGUCAAAAGAUUCAACUUUGGGAGAGAAACGAUUUAAAUAUGUUAUCACAGUCAGAAAACAGUUGUUUUUAUAUGUAACACCUGAACUACGCUUAUAAUUAUAGUCAAAAAUUGUUUCACAAUUAAAUGAAUAUUACUAUGUUUCGAUAUGAAUCAUAAUUGCUUAUCAUUUAGAAUUAGCACAGAUGGAUUCAGUAGUCGAGGACUAUAAGUUUAUUUAGUGAUAGAAAAGCGCAGAAAAAAUUAGUUUAUUAUUUAACUAGACAAUUUAACCAAACAGUAUUUAGAGGUUAAGGAAUUAAUUGACACCAAAACCAAUGAAACUAAUCGAAAAUUUCUAAAUGCUGACAUAACUCAUGUCAGCUUUCCACAGAAGAGUUUAGUUCGGCGCAAUUAAUCCACACAAAACAACUGGACACUAUGUCGACGCGUAUUUUAAGAAUAUAAGAAGAUCCACAUCACAGUAUAAUUUUUUUUUUUUCCCCCAUUUGUGGUGCGGGCCCAUAGGCUACAGCCUAGAUAGCCUGCGCGUAAAUACGGCCCUAAUAAACCCUUAAAUAACAUGUUCAUUACUUAACUUCAGAAUUAAGAGUACAUUAGAACCUCGAUUUUACGGAGCCCGGACUCAACGAAGCCGCGAUUUCACGAAUACAUUUUUCAGGAACCAUCUAAAAUUCGGAAAAUUUGACACCAACAUUUAUUUAAUAAAAAAUUAAAAAACACUACGAAAACAUAUAAAAAUAUUAAUUUUAAUGCACAGCGUAUUCAUAUUUUUAAGCUAAUACAACAUCCAUUUACCGUUAGUGAAUAUUGUAUACGUUAUUGCGUCAUCAAACUCAAAAUCUAAAAGAAAAAAUGGACUAGGUACACUAUUUGUCGCAUAGUUCGAAAUUUCUUCGAUUGAAAAAUUAUGUCAAGGCCGUAAAAAUAUUUAUUUUACCGCAAAUGAACUAUACUCAACAUUCCUUACCCAUUCCAACAUUUCCAGCUCGUGAGCAUAGCAACUGAGCUUGAAACCUUGUGAAGCGUGAGAGAAAGAAACGAUAUUGAGUAGCUACUUCCUCUCCUUUCCGCUAAUAUCCAGCAACCCAUGUCAUUAGGCAUUUUCUUGACAUGUGUCGCAUUCAUUACCUUCGCUGCAUCGGUUUGCCAGUAAAAAAACCGCUCAAAAAUGGUAUAAGUGACGCAGCAAGUAGACGUGACGAGCGGUUUUUUAACUAAGCUUUUUUUUAACUUACUAUACAAACAAAUAAUUCCCUAUGGCUAUCACAAAUUCAAGGUAUGCUCGCACUAAAAUGUACUGUGUUUUUAAUGAAUGUCUGUCGUUACAGAGCAGCGUUUUUCUUCACCAAAUAAGACUAUGAUUAGAGACCGUAAAAAUUCGCGGAUUCCUUUCGAGACAGGCUGGAAUCCAAACUCGUUUAGCUUAAUGCUGCGUCAGUGAUUGGACCGCAAUUUACCUGAAGGACUCUGAGCCAAUGGCAAACACUCAACAAAAGAAGUAUCGAAUCAUAAGAAUCGCAAUAAACAGGUGUCCCGAGUCGGUAGCCAAUAGCCAGGUGAUAUUUGCCCGAGUACAUAGAGAAUCGUGGAGUCUAUCCUAGUGGUCAUUGAAACCGCGAAUUUUUCCAAUCCCUACCUAUGAUCACUUUUAUGAAACAGUACAGGUGUACACUGAACUGUGUGCUUGUUCUCCUCGAUUAUGUUACUAAAAGUGCGUUCAUUAAUAUUUUUCAAGCCGAUCUGUUAAAGAUUAACUGAUAAAUAUGAUAAGGUAAAGUCCAUAAAAAUGCAAGGCAGGGAAUUCUUCCAGCUCAUCAACCCUACCCUGGAUAGUCUCGUCUGUGUUCAGUCGUCUCUGGCAAGGAGUGGACAAGUUUGCAAACUCAAAUAUAAAUUUAUUUUAGUAGCACGCGUCUUACGAAAAGGAAAGAUAUCCAAGAAAGGCAUGUCGGACAACCUACUGUCACCACACAAAAGUUAACAUGAUGCAAUGCGUGGUGCAACUGUGUUUAGUCGCUGUGAUGUCACUUUUAUAUCACUCGUGCAAUGAGGCAAGUUGUGGAAUGUUAAAAAAAAAUAAGGGGAACGCAGGGGAGGGCAGAGGGCAGACGGCAGUCAUUGUUUUUACUAUUUAAUAUUAUAUAUAUUCCGUUAAAUAAAUUAUAACAUGUAUCUUCACGGGAUGGGGUGUUUAAAAUUUUAUGAAGAUAACGAUUUUACGAAUGCAAUCCAAGCGACCGUGAGCGUACGUAAAAUCGAGAUUCCAGUGUAAAUUGCUUCCGAGUCUACUGAAGGUAGCGGAAUCCUUAUUCCUUUAAACACUUUUGAAGGGAAAAAGUGGUUUUCCUCUAAAUUCAAAAUUCCAAAAUAAAUUUUACGUUGUAGACUUUUCUGAACAAUAAUUCUUAUUUGAGUAACUUUAAAGGUGUUAGCUUACCUUAAAAAUUGUGAAUAUUCUGAGCGGAUGUGACGAAUGAGGAAAACUAAGAAACACUACAUAAUAACAAUAGUUUUUAUCUUUACACUUUUCACUGAUUUAUUUACACUUAAGUUAUUUAUACUGACUGAAUACACUAAAAUAAAUCUAGACCAGAUGCAGAAAAAUGUAGAUCUAAAGACUAUUGAAAAAUCUCUGUUUUGAGAAGUUAUUUGUGAACAUUCACAUUAUUAUGACGAAAAAGUAGCAAAACAUUUUGCCGUCUACAAGCACAUGUCAACUGUCGCGUCGUCUAACUCUGACUUGUCUAAAUCUGUUGUGUUGUGUUAUCGCGUGAGCUUGGGCGGGAUUACGAAGGGGAAUGACUCGCCACGGGCGUUGCGCUUGAACAGCGUUUUCUCCCUGUACACAACACCUUAUAUCGCAGCAGCAGAAACUAAUGCUUGAACUAACAUAAAAAAUGAAGUAGACGUGUAAAAAACGAUAUACAAUAAUAUCUUCGUGUUGAACCAUUUCUACAUAAUACCGAAUUUAAAUAAUUUUCUUUAAAGUAAAACACCUGACUACACUAUAUAUUUUUCCUUCCCUGAAAACUAGGGGGGGGCCACGGCCCCCCCCUGCCCCCGGGUAUGGGCGCCCUUGCAGGGAGUGUAGGGUUUAACUGAAAAAAAAACCACAAGGUUAACCCACAUUCACUUUAAUUUUAAAGGUAAAAGAUAAAACUACAGUGCAAGUUUCUUCCCUUUCACUGUCACAUUCACUCCAUCUUCUUACAUAAACACUUCAAGAAAUAAGUAACUCCUUUUUUAUCCUGACAUAAACAAAUAAUUGGUUAAGUAAAUCCACGUUGUGAUGUUAAUUGGUUAAGAUACGAAAAUUGUUAAUGCUUUUAUGUUUACUUUAAAACAUCUUCAAAAUUGUUUCUAACUUCAAGAUUUGUUUUAGAAAAUCAAUUAGUUACUAAUUUGUUUAAUAUGUAUUCAUGUUUCUCCAGGAAAAUUCUACUAACAUUAAAAAAUAUAUUUAAAUAAGGACUCACAAGUAAGCACCACCAUAUUUUACUCGCCAAAUUUCUCUCUCUCUCUCUCUCUCUCUCUCUCUCUCUCUCUCUCUCUCUCUCUCUCUCUCUCUCUCUCUCUCUAAUCACAGCGAUAUCGGACAACAUGUCGAGCGUAUGAGACUGUCACUGGCCCCUGCCCACAACCGAUUGUUUUGAAAUCAUCGUCUUCUUCUAAUACAUAUCCAGGAAUAAACAAUAGGUUCUAUCGAGAACGUUUGAAGAAAAACUAAAAAGAAACUUCUGCGACGUCCAAUCCACGUUGUGUUCACCUUUGGGCACAAUAGUGUCCACGUAGUACAACAAGCGUGCGACAGGUUGCGACACUUUCACGUGAAGGCAGUCGAAUGCGCACCAUGGUGGCACAGACCAUCGACCUAAGCUGUUCCAAAUAAAGGCCAGGCCGUACGUUACAUAAGCGCUGUUAGCUGGCCAAACCAUAGCCCAGUCAUGCCACAUGCACCGGUAAAUUCAGCGCAACAACACCGCAUUCAUUCUUUCUAGCACAGCAGAGACGCUCAGUCUGGCGUAAAAAUGUCCCAACAUACACCCAAAGAAACUACGUACCUACUAGCUGUAAAUGUGAUCGGAGCUUAUCGCAUAGUUUUGGAGGUUUUCAAUAAAUUCUAUUAACAAAGACUAAUAAUUUCCUAUGCUAUCAGUGUAAACUGAUGCGUUAAAAACAAUCACGAGUCUUAACCGGGCCCCCAUCGUGUCUGGGCCCCAGUGACUAUCCGGCCUCCCCUCCCUCCUUCGUCAAUCUCGGGACUGCAUACACAAUACUAUGCGUGCUGCUCGAUCGAGGCGUCAGACAGCGCGCAUAUAAGACUUCCUUAACAAGAAGGUUUUACUGUUCGCUGCGCUCUCUGUUCGUGAUCACGACACAGUGUAUGGUCGAAAUAGUACGCUACAGUUGUCGAUAGCCUCGAUCUCCCCGUACGUAGACGCCCUGCAUCGACGCAUCAACACACCUGCUAUCUCUAGUGCCAAUGCUUCCAUAAAUCCGUGUCUUCAUAUCCUGUUGCAUAGAGAAUAUCGCCCAAACAACGAGCUAUAGUUCACUGUUAUACGAGUAAUAGCCGAAAUAUUUCUGAAAUUAAAAUUUUAUAAACUACUCUUUGUUUUUAUCGUCAAGAAGUAAUAGAAGUCAUUAUUACUGGUGAAAGAGCAACGAAGGCUUCUAGGAGACAGGCCUGGUCGGAGCACAGACAAACGGUGGGAUAAACCACGCAUUAAAUAUUUUAUUCAGGUAUUCGACAUAUUAUUUAGCAAUAGAAUUGCUAAACUAAAGUCUUCUGGAGUACACAAUUUACAUAUUUUUGAGGUAACCAUAGCAAUCAGUGAGUCUGAGUUUUAAAAUUUUAUCUCAGUUUUGAUAUUUCGUGUCUAUAACAUCGUGUCCCGAAGGUAUUACGAAUUGUAUAAACUGAGUUAGAGGUAAAAAAUAACCAUAGCCAUAACUUUAAUAAAAUUAACCUCAUAUUAAUUGUAAAAUAAUCAAUGGAGCAAAACCUCCUUGAAACUUAUUAAAAGAAAACAAAAAAAUUAAUUGGUAAUAUUUCAAGAGUCAGGGUCUAAAUCCAUAUUCCCUUAGCCAUAUGUAGUAUGAUUAUUAUUUAAAUUUGAUAAACGUUUAAGGACUGAUUGAAUUUGAAAAAAAAAUAUUUUUUUUUUAAUUUUUACAUGUAUACAGUAGUUUACAGUUGUCGAAUUAAAAGUAUUUUUCAUACUCCCAAACAAAAAAUACGCUGAUGUUGGUGAGGAUGGACACAACUCGUAACAUCUUUCGUAGAAUUUGGUGCACUUAAGCCAUAUCUCUGCUUGUCCUGAUUAAACAGUUUCCCACAAAUAGGACAUGGCACAUCAACGUCAUCGGACUGUCAUCAUAGUCAUUUGAUAAGAAUUGCACUUUAGUUAAUUUCUUUCUCAAUGUCGUACUGAAGCUUGAAGCACAUGUCCUUGUUUAAUCCUGGUUGGUCUUUAGAUGCAAUGUUUAGUUUAUUUUUUGCCCUUCAUUCUGUUCUAUUAUUCUGAAAUUCCUCGCAUUUGUGUCGUUUCCUCAGGGAGGCAUGCAGUGCCGCCUCGCAGAGAAAUCCUGUCACCGGGAAGAAAUGCCAGCUCCGCAAGAUUUGGAAGCUUGUAUUUUUGUAAUGUCUUUGAUUUCUCUUGGACUGGUUACUUUGAGUAGACUAUUAGGUUCAAUCCCAUCAUCAGUUAGGUCAUUACCAAACAGAUCAUCAGUCAGUUAUCAUUAAUUAUAAGUUUAUGAACUUAAUUUUAUACUUCCUUCCAUACUGUGUAGCGGGUAUGUUGAGGAUUUUCAUUUGUGAUGAGUAAUUUUAAUGACCUUGGUCGCUUGAUUCGGGAAAAUCCCACAUACAACAUGCCAUGCAUAAAAACAUGAUCUUAAGUCCAUUCCAACAUAUUUAAAAGUUUGGCCUUGAAAUUUGUGUCCUGACAUGGUAAAUGCAGAUCUUACUGGAAAUUGGUGUCGCUGCAUGGUACAUCCCAGAUUGCCUUUUGAUAGAUCAAAAAUUAUUCUAGGUAUAUGUCUUUUUUGCAGGAUUGUUCACCAGUAACAAUUUUUGUCUUUAUUAUGUUAUCACAAAGACUUGUCACAAUUAGUCUUACAUCGUUACAUAAACCUUCUGAUACAUCCAAAUUACGCAACAGCAUUAUUAAUGCUUUUUUUUCUCAAUUUAAUUUAGUGUGGUGGCAUGUCUGAAAUUUUGAUAGUAUUAAGUAAUUCUGUUGUAAAUUCGAGUGCCUGAUAACCAAAGAAAUAUAUAGCUAACACGACACGUUGAUCGCUUAACAUAAUAACACAAUAAAAUUGUAUUGCAAUUGGAUGUGAGUACCAUCUUUUGUUGAGUAUAUAAUUUAAAUAACAAAACUUUAGUUGAGUAGCUAAUUUAAAAGCUAACAACAGAUGGUGCUAACGAGCUAUAAAGCAAGGUACCCACAAUGUAGGUAUUAGUAGUUGAUGAAACUGUUUCUAUACCAGCCAAUCAUGAGCAGAUAAUAAGAAUCUCUUUAGCUGCAAAAUUAUGGUCUUUAAUAUGUAAUAGGUUAAAUAAAUCCAAGUAGCCCUAAACCCAUUUAUUGUAAUUACCAGUAUUGCAUCAUAAAGGUAGGCUUUAAAAAAAGGAGGAAACCAGAAGUUUACUCGCAAUUUGGAUGGGGUUAUUAAACUGCCAUUUUUUUUUUAAUCUUAUAGUUCUGAGUUUUCUGAGUUAACAUAAACAUUCAAUCCUAAGUAUGUAACUUGUCUGUUGAUUAAGGGAAGAGACGAACUAUGGACACUUUCGUUGCCCUGUCGAUGACCUCAAGAUUCUAGAUUUAUAAAUAGUGACCCUUUAGGGUGGCGUCUCUUUUGUGGGCUUAAAAAUGUAUAUGAAAUUCUCAAGCCAUUGACAGAAUAAGAGGCUGGUACCCAAUCUUAAUCUGUGAUUCCUCUAAUCAGUAAUAACCGCCACAUUUAUGCUGAAAUAUUAUGUAUGAAUUUAAACCUACACAUUGUUUUAAGUGUCAACAUUACUUACUUUAUAGUUUUCGAUACAUUAUUUAUGUAAUUUAUUUCUUUAUAGGUAUUGCAUAAUUGUUAAGGAAAUUAUAUCAAAAUAUUUUGUAUAUUGUAUAUUUUUGUAAACUUAUUAUAAGCAUGAUAUGUAAAUAAAUAACAUAAGUCUA